UAUCUCAAACAUUACCUAUCAUUGCUGGAUAUAACGAAUAGCAGUGAUUAUACAUUCUUUGAUCGUAAAAAAAUACGUAACUUUAAAUGUCCCAAUCAUUGGAAAGAGAAGUUCGAAAUGAUGAAAACUGACAGUAAACAGAAAGCAAUGCUUAUUAGGUCACGUGUAACUCAAACACAUUACGAAACUCACGUUCCUGAAUAUAAAUGUAGCAAUUCAAGAGCUAUUCAAUCUAAGGUUGAUUUUUAUUUAGAUAAGACUACAACAUUAAAAAAUAUAUAUUUGAAUGCUGGUAAAAACCAAUGUAGUUAUAAUAAAUGGGAUCAAAGUAAUAACUUAAUUCCUUCAUCUGACCAAAGGAAUUUUACACCUAUCAGGCAAUUAGAAAAUUGCAAGUAUAUUAACAUGGUUCCUAACUGGUAUAAACAUGAAUUUGAGGAAUUAAAUUUGAAUACAAAUCCAAACACAUUGUUCUUGUUUCCAAAACAAGAUAUUCUAAAAGACAGAUUAUUAUUAGAUGAAGUUCCAGUAGAGAAUACAGACUAUAUUGACAAAAAUGUCAUGGACACUGAUCAUUAUUCUGAGGGUGGAAAUGAGGAUGAUGAAAUGAUGACUGAAAUAAAUAAUGACAACAAUUUAACCAUAGCUUUGAACCAACAAAAUACACCAGAUGAUGAUUAUGAAGAGUACAACCCCACUUGUAAUUCUGGAUACAUAGAUAUGCAAGAACUUAAAAAAUAUAUUAUGGAUGUUAUUAAACCAGAUGGUGAGAAAAUAAACAUUUUAUUUUCAUAUUUAGUAGAAGAAUUACCAACAUUUUUAUCUAAUAGUAUGAAAAAAAAUAUAAAUGUACCCGUCAUAUUUGUUGCUUUGUUGCACUUAUGCAACGAGCACAGUUUAUGUUUGCAAAAAAUAAAUGAUGAAAUUUUAAUCACUGAAGGUUCUGUAGAUUUAAACAAUUAGAAUAGGUUUUUUAAUACAGUCUGCCAACAGCAUUACAGAGACUGUCCAAUUUUACAGAAGAUCUCAGAGUAGAAAUAUAAUCAAACAUAUUGUAGAUUUAAUUUUUUUUUAAAUUUAAUUACUGUAAUAAAAAUGUCAGAACAAUAUUCGAUAAACAAUUAUAAAUGUUUAC